AUGCAUUACAGGCACGUGCAAGGCGUGAAACCAUUUAAAGACGGCCUCUCUGCUAUCGACAUCGAUCACUGUUUUUUCAUGGGAAAAAAGAAGUCGAAGACACCGGUCACGUACGGAUCCGUUCCGUUUGUGCUAGACGCUUUGGACCUAUCAACAGCUAAAGGGCUCGGAUUGCUUCGGGAUGACACACCUCUCAACACUACCGACUUCCGUGUACCUGAAUACGGCAUAGCCCACGAAAAAAACGCAACAUUGGGGCGGACACGUAUGCGUCACAACAAGCAGUCCAGCAGCGCUGCAAAGAGUUUGCAUUAG